AUGAUCAAACCUUCAAGAAGAUCUAACAGGUCAACGAAGAAAACACUCCUUUCACUCUUACUCGCCUCCUCCAUAGCUUCCACCUCCGCGUCGAGCAACCUUCAACCGAAAGAACGACAAGUGAGACAUCGUGAAUUGUCCAACCGUAGACAUGUGUUGGGUGAGAGGGAUGAUGCAGCCGUGCCGGGUGGAUUCAAGAUCGUUGGAGAUUCGGGUGUCUCAGCGCAAAUGAUGUUCUUAGGUACGGAGAAGACAGUGUAUAUUCUUGAUAAGGCCGAAAACAACUCUAUGCAAGUGACCAACUCGGAUGGUCUUACACAUCCAGCAUGGGGAACGACCUAUGAUCUCACCUCCAACUCUGCGACCGCCAUGUCAGUCUCGUCGAAUACCUUCUGCGCAGCUGGUCUCCCAAUCGCCAACGGUUCUUGGGUUGUAUUCGGUGGAAACCAGCCGGUGACAUACGAAGGUGUCGCUACGAAAGAUGCAAAUGGUGCCAACCCUUACCUCAACACUGACGGUGGUGCAGCCAUCAGGUUGUUAACCCCUUGUGACGAUGGUAACUGCGCCUGGCAAGAAGGUGGUGACGCUUUGACCAUGUCUGGCAAGCGUUGGUACCCUUCAGUAGAGCUACUCGGCGAUGGUUCGCUCAUCGUACUUGGUGGUGAUAACAACGGAGGUUACGUAUCAACUUUCGUUCAGAACAACCCUACAUACGAAUACUGGCCCAAGAAGUCUUCAGGUGGUAUCCACAUGGAUUUCCUCAACUACACCGUUCCCGUCAACCUCUUUCCCCUCACCUACCUUUUACCAGGCGGUAAACUCUUCUUACAAGCUGCUUACAAGACCAUUUUGUACGAUAUGGACACCUUGACUGAGACUCCUCUUCCCGAUAUGCCUUACGCCGUACGAGUUUACCCCGCUUCCGCUGCUACUGCCAUGCUUCCCUUGACCCCUGCCAACAACUACACAGUAUCUCUCCUCUUCUGCGGUGGUUCCAGUGCGCCUUUCAACAAAUCAUCUGACGGUGGAGCCGCCUUCAACGUCACUGCCGUUCCAGCCGAUGAUACCUGUGUACGGAUCUCUCCUGAAGAUGCCAACCCUCAAUAUGUAGAUGAUGAUAGCAUGCCCGAAGGACGAAGUAUGGGUAACUUUAUUUGGUUGCCUGAUGGAACCCUUUGGAUGGGUAAUGGUGUCAACAUGGGUACUGCUGGGUACGGAGACGAGAAGUAUUCUAUCGGUCAAUCAUAUGGUCAGGCUCCCCUUUAUCAACCUGCCAUCUAUAACCCAUCUGCUCCAUCCGGUAAGCGAUGGUCAAGGGAUGGACUUGGUGAAUCAAUUCAAGAGCGAAUGUACCACUCCAGUGCGAUCUUACUCCCCGAUUCAUCCGUUUUGAUCUCUGGUUCCAACCCUAACAAAGAUGUCACGUUCGAACAAUGGAGUACAUCGUAUGAAGUAGAGCAAUGGUACCCAUUAUGGUACAACGAAGAACGACCCGUCCCAUCUGGAUUCCCAACUUCACUUUCGUACGGUGGUGAUUCAUGGGAUUUAAUCUACACUCCCAAAAACGCCUCAUCCGACCCAUCAAACACCAAAGUUGUCGUCAUCCGAACUGGUUUUUCCACCCACGCCAUCAACUUUGGUCAAAGAUACUUGGAAUUGGAAACUUCUUACACUCAAAAUACCGACAGCGGUGAAGUCACUUUACACGUUUCCCAAAUGCCGCCAAAUUCGAACGUCUUCCAACCUGGUCCAGCAAUGAUCUUCCUCACCGUCGAUGGAGUCGCCUCGCAAGGUAAAAUGAUCAUGAUCGGUUCAGGUCAAAUCGAAACUCAACCUGUAUCAGCCGCUUCGGUUUUACCUGAAUCUUCGACCACUACAUCCGAAACUAAAACCGAUGAUUCCAGUGCGGAUUCCAGUGAUUCUUCCAACUCUACCACUUCGUCAAGUCAACAGAAUACAGCGGCCAAAUCUGCUGCCUCACUUUCAGCUGGUCUGAAAUUGUCUACUGCCAUCUUUGGUGGUAUUGUAGGUCUGGUGGGACUCACUUUGACUGUUUUAUAG